GGAUGGAUAUGGCUGAUUAAAAAAACUGAAUAAUUCCUGUGUGUUAUACAUGUUAUCAAAGAGUUAUAAAAGAAGAGCAAACGAACAUAAGAUUAUGUUAAAGAAAUAAUAAUUCGAUUACCUACUUGAAAUCAUUAACAGUACAAUAUAAAAAAAAAACAAAUUCAUAUUUUGAAGAAUAUUCAGAACGCACUUCCUUAGGCCAAGAGCACAAGUUUAUUGAAUCAAUACGAAGCCUUUUGACGUCCCGCCUCCCGCUUCCACUUGCGCGCGCUGUUCCGACGUCUUCUGUCACGUUCGAGUUAGUUCGACACUGACGUCCAUCAUAAUAAUUACGUCUUUUCUUUCUGAAAGUCGCUCACUCGGUAUACAAAUUAAUAAAUCAUCAAUCAUGAUUGAUCCUUGCAUUCUUGAUAUAACAUUAGAAUUUUUAUCGGUUGCUUUUCAUAGUAUCUUGUAUUACGCAUCAGUGUACCCAAAGAGCAUCUUCGAAACUCGUAAGAAAUAUAAUAUUAUCGUUUACCGAUCGGUUCACCCACAGGUGAAUGAAUACAUUGAUACAACCCUCAAGAAGAUUGAACAAUGUUUCAUAGAAGAUCGGCUGGAUUGUGUGCAGUUUGCUGUUCUAGAUGCAAAUUUCAAGACCAUUUUUACAUAUGUUUUUCAAUUUGGAAACCUUUCCGACCCGAACGAGCCAAUAGACCCAUAUUUGGUGCAAUGUGAGAUGAAUUUGCGAGCAUUUUGUUUGAAACUGUCUUCCCUGAAGUGUUUCUUCAACGAUAUGCCCCAGAGCUCGAGUUUCUCCAUCAAUAUCCACACCAAUGAUGAUGCUCCCCUAGUACUUGAUUCUAAUUUUGAGAUAUUCCCAGUGGAGGAACGUUAUGAAACUCGUGUGGAGAAUAACAAAGUUGUUCCCAUAAAAACACUGACAAUUAAGAACCACUCUAUUGAAAGUGUCUUGGAAUUUGAAUAGACAUUGAGCCAUUGUGAGACUAACCGGGAAGACAAGGACAAGAACAAGAUUAAUACUAUAUCUUAAGCAAGUAUAUUAAGGUAACCUUCUUAGGGAUGUACCAGCUUUUUCAUCAGUAUUAAUU